AUGUCAGGGGCAAAAGCAUCCAGUUCAGGUAACCUUAUUAUCAAUAAUUGCUUGUUGUAUGGUAAAGAUUGUGUAGUGUUGUUUGAUUCAAGGGCAACGUAUUCUUUUGUUUCUAAGGCAUGUGUAGAGAGACUAGGGUUAAUUUUGGGAGAGUUACAUUAUGAUUUGGUGGUGUCUACACCAACAGCAGGUUUAGUUAGGACAUCUUUAUUGUGUGCUAGAUGUCUGGUUGAGGUUGAGGGGCGUCGAUUCAAUGUGAACCUUAUAUGUUUACCUUUACAAGGUUUAGAAGUAAUUCUAGGAAUGGAUUGGUUGUCUAUCAAUCGCAUUCUUAUAGAUUGUGGGGAGAAGAAGUUGGUAUUUCCUAAAAGGGAUGAAACUGUGCCAUUGUCUUCUGGGCAGUUGAAGCAAGAAUUGUUGGAAGGAGCGUGUUAUUUUCUAGUUUUAUCUCACUUGGAGGUUGUUCCGAGUGAGAGGUUUGUAGACCGCUCGAUAGUUAAUCGAGUGGAUCGUUCGGUAGCAAGUGGUAUAGACCGAACGGUAGUAAGAGAAUUUUUAAAUGUGUUUCCUGAUGAAGUGCCUGGAUUACCUCCUCAGCGAGAAGUUGAGUUCUCUAUUGAUCUAGUGUCGGGUGUUGGACCAGUAUCAAUAGCCCCUUAUAGGAUGGCUCCAGUAGAGUUGGCGGAACUUUAG